AUGGAAGAAGCUCGUGAGGAGCUGGAGGAUUUUCAAAUCAGUUCUCGGGAGCUUGAGCGCGAGUUAGAAAUACAAUUGGGACAGUUGGAAAAACAAAAUGAAGCGCUUAUUCUUUCAAAUGAAAAGCUAAUCUCAGAGAGGGAUCAGUUACGAGAACGGCUGGAUAGUGGUCAAAACAAUGCAAAUUCCGAGCUUACCAAGUUACAGGAAGAACUGGCUCGGUAUAAAAAUGAAAAGGAGCAACAGCAGAGGUAUAUUCGUGAAAUGGAACAGCGAAACGAUGAUUUGGAACGGGCUAAUAGAGCAACUGUCGUGUCAUUGGAAGCAUUUGAGUUGCAACUCAAUGAAGCCAUCGAGCACAAUGCCAUACUGGAGAAUGAAUUAGAUGAGAAAAAAGAUCUCAUUGUAACUGUUCAACGGCUGAAGGAUGAAACCAGAGAUCUCCAGCAGGAAUUAGCCGUCAUUCGGAGGCAACCGGCAAGCCACUCCGCAAGUUUUUCCAAUGGUCACCUUAACGAUGUUUCCGCCCCAUCCAAACAUUCAACUGAAAUCAUGGUCCAAACCGAACCGUAUUCCGUACCCGCACCGUUACUCACUCCAUCCACCCGGAUAGCCGCUCUUAAUAUGGUCAAUGAUGCGCUGCAAAAAAUCGGGCUAUAUCGGUCAUACGGUGCUCCGCCCUUGUCGGCUCCCCCAAAUGCAUUCGUUCCUCCCGCCCUACCUGGUUCGCCAUUCGGUGGCACGUUGAACGGGGGCUCUGGAAAGAUGCCCAAUUCGCAUUCUUAUCAACGGCGUGGUUCUUUGCGGUCCUGGACGAACGGAUUGAUGUGA